GAGAUCUCUAAAGUCUCUUGGAAGUUUGGAGAGGAGAGUUAACUGUGGAGAACCUAGAACGCUCAGUGAACAGAAACACUUUCUAGAAUCUCACUGCAGGAUAAAGUGGCUGGAUCGCCUCAAUCGCACUCUCGGCCUCCGAUUGGUCGAGCCUGCUCGGGCCGGAAAAAAGCGGAAGCGCGCUCUUUCAAACUCGCCGUUCCGACGUCGACAGAGGCAGGCCACUUCCGGCGUAGCCAUGGCGGCUAACGCUACCACUAACCCGUCGCAGCUGCUUCCUCUAGAGCUUGUGGACAAGUGUAUAGGAUCAAGAAUUCACAUUGUGAUGAAGAGUGAUAAGGAGAUUGUUGGCACACUUCUGGGAUUUGAUGACUUUGUCAAUAUGGUAUUGGAAGAUGUCACUGAAUUCUGGUUCCUGGAGGAGAAGGACCUGAAGUAUGAAUGGAUUUCCUUGACGCAUGCUAGGUUCUAUUUUGUUUUAUAAUGACAACAAAGUAGAAUUUUUUUUUUUAACCUUUUAAUAUUUGUAUUCUGUGAAGCCAAGUUUCCCGUUAAAGGGAAAUGCUUUGAAGAUGCAUUGUAAAUGCCCAUUUUUGUAAGUUUAUCAUGGUUAUAUUGGGAAAAGAACAGUUCGUUCUUUGAAGACAAAAAUAAACGUGUUUUUGUUAA